CUCUCAGUUUUGCUCAACCACAAAACACCCUCCAUCCGCACAAUCCAUCCCUCUCACUCUUCCCUUGCCACCUAUAUUGCUUCGUUUGCCUUUUGUUAAUUUUGUUCCAUCUUCUUGGUUUUCGUGGAUCCCUUACCACCCAAAUUAAAGGCCGGUAAAUGGAUCAGACCGAGUUAAAGCGCGUGUUUCAACUGUUUGAUCGGAACGGGGACGGGCGGAUCACGAAGAAAGAGCUAAACGACUCGUUGGAGAAGUUGGGAAUCUUUAUCCCGGACAAGGACCUGAGCCAGAUGAUCGACAAGAUCGACAUCAACGGAGACGGUUGCGUGGAUAUCGAGGAGUUCGGAGAGUUGUACCAAAACAUAAUGGAGGAGCGGGAGGAGGAGGAGGAGGAGGACAUGAAGGAGGCUUUCAACGUGUUUGAUCGGAACGGCGACGGGUUUAUCACGGUGGAUGAGCUGAGGUCGGUUUUGGGCUCUCUUGGGCUUAAGCAAGGGAGGACGGUAGAGGACUGCAAGAAGAUGAUAACCAAGGUGGACGUGGACGGAGAUGGCAUGGUUAAUUAUAACGAGUUUAAGCAAAUGAUGAAGGCAGGUGGAUUUAAUUAAUUACUUCAUUCGGAUAACGUACAUCAACGUAAACCUUCAUAUCAUAUAUAUGAAGAGAUUGUUUUCCACUUUUUCUUUUUUCUUUUUUCUUUUUUAAAUUGCUUUGUUUGUGGUUUUAAUUUUCUUCUUUUUAUCUCUUAUUUUAUUUUAUUUUAUUUUUUUUGCUCGAUCGAUCUGUGUCAUUUUGUAUAUAUUGAUAUCAUAUGGAUCGGAUUCAUAAUCUGGAUGAUGAUCUAAGGGAACCCGCCUUCUUUUCUUGCA